UAGGUAUUGCGCGUGACAAAAAUGUUUGGUAACAAGUGUCCCAUUGCGAGGCGCGCGGAAGUCAAUUAACGGGAAUCGUUCACCGGUGAGCAGAGUUUAGACUUUCAAGUUUCCCCAGCUGAAGUUUGCCGCAGAACAAAAAGUUCCUUGUCUGUUUGAGACCUUGUGUGGAAGAUGGAGUGGCGACAACGGACCAGUGUGAGCUGUGAAGACGCCUUCACUGAGGCUCAACGGUGGAUGGAGGAAGUGACUAGUAAAUCGUUUGGGUGCAACAACUUCCGCUCAGCCCUGGAGAAUGGAGUCCUGCUCUGCCAUCUAAUCAACCGGUUGAAACCAGGCAUUAUAAAGAGAAUGAACACACUGUCUACUCCCAUGGCUGGACUGGACAAUGUCAAUGUGUUUCUGAGAGCGUGCGGUACGCUGGGUCUGCACGAGGCCCAGCUGUUUCACCCUGGAGACCUGCAAGACCUGUCCACACGCGCUACACUCAGGCGUGUAGAGGGCAAAAGGAGGCUGAAAAACGUUCUAAUCACCAUCUACUGGCUGGGGCGGAAGGCUCAGGUGGACCCCUUCUACUCUGGUCCUCAACUCAACCUCAAAGCAUUCGAGGGACUAUUGGGCAUCGCUCUGUCCAAGGCUCUAGAAGAGGCCCCCAGAGGCAGUGUGAGGGCCAGUGGCUCCAGUGAGGUGUGCUACCCAGAGAGAGAGGACCAGCUGCUACCGCUAACCCACUCCCAGCCACCCGGCUACAGCAGAGAGGACCAGCUGCUACCGCUAACCCACUCCCAGCCACCCGGCUACAGCAGAGAGGACCAGCUGCUACCGCUAACCCACUCCCAGCCACCCGGCUACAGCAGAGAGGACUCCGUGGAGAGCUUUAAGUCUGUCCUGAGCUUUGACUCGGUGGAGUCACGUACCCUCAGCUUUAUGUCUGACUCCAUCCUGAGGGCCGGCAGCGAGGACUCCAGCAGUGACGCGGAGGCAGAGAACUGUUUUAGGAUGGAGUCGGCGGAGGGCAGAGACUCUGGACAGAGCAACGGGGGGAUCGUACCUGCAUCCCUCCAGAGGAAGAAACAGGAGGAAUACCCAAUUAAGGGCUACCCCCCCAGCCUCCUCACCAGGAGCAAGUCGUUGAAUGACAUUAGGCGGUUCCCGUCGGCCACGGUAGUGUUGCGCCAGGUUUCUGAGGGUGGCGUGGAGCUAAGCCCCAGCGCCGUGAGCCAGGACCAGCUGCAGAGGGUCCGAGCCCGGGUCCAGGAGAGUGAGGUCAAGUGGCACAACGACCUGACCAAGUGGAAGCUCCGUCGGUGCAGGUCUAACUUUGACCUGCGGAGGAAGAUACAGGAGAGGGACAACAACGUCCUGAUGGCCAACGCAGGGGUCGUUACAGUCGGGACAUUCAGGAGCCUGCAAGAGGACAGGGAGGAGGAUGAGGAGGCCCCAUACAGCAGUAGCCACGCCACUGUCUCUCCCUCCACCUCGGCCAAGGAUGGUUCUUUGGAUCUCCGACCCCACACCAGAGCCCCGCCGGCCCUCAGCUCCUCCGUGGAGUCUCCCUACAGCCCCGGAGCCUCGGAACCCUCCACCACCCCCAGCGUGACCCUCCAGGCCCGGGGACCGUCAGCCAGAGCCGCGCCCCGAUCAGAGCCCCUCGUCCUGGGGGAGAGGCGUCACACAGGCACACCGGUGGAUCCAGACGCAGCUGGUGGUUUAGCCCCCACCCUCUCCUCUGCCUCUCCUUUGUCCUCCCAGACCCGGGGCCGGGCCAUCUCUAGCCCAGCUCUCAUGAUCUCCACUGGACUAGACCAGAACACCUCCAUGCUCUCAAACGGGAUCCCCACGACCCUCACAAAUGGAAUUGGCUCAGGCUUUACCACUGGUACCAGUUCUUCUCCAACUGCCUCUGGCCUGGUGAACGGUACCGGGUCAAACCUAACCGACGGCACCAGCUCCAACAGACGCUCUGCCUCCAAAGCCCUCCUCUCUGCUCUAGAGACCCAGACGUCGGUGGUAGAACCAGACUCGGGCCGUGUCUCGGCUCCCCAGCAGCAGGACCUCCCCCUCUUCAGGUACAGCUCCAGGGUUCCGGGAGGGGCUGGGGUGUCCGCCUCUCUCCCCAGGGGAUACCGCCGGUCUGAGAGCUCUUCCUCCCUCUCUGCCGGCUUCACCCCCAGGCCGUUUGGAUCCAAGCCCUCCAGAGUGUCCUCCAUCCCCAGGCUCUACAACUAUCUACAGUUGGAGAACCCUACGCUGAACGGAGACAGAAACGCUUCCCUGCUCCCCACCAAGACGGCUCCCUCACGCCCUCAGAAAAUGGUCACCAUCUCGGAGGUCGCUGUCGGGGCGCAGCCCCGGGCCCCAGCCAAUCGGAGCGGUGUGAACCAGGAAGUAAAGGAGGAGGGUGCGAGUCAGACCCAGCCCUCCAUCCUGAACGCCAGAGUGGGGCCUGGACCCGCCACCCGCCCCAAACCCAGCCGGGAGGGACCCUUACCCCCUCCUCUCCUGCCCAGCCUCGCCGUCUCAGUCACACAGAAUGGCUCUGCGCAGGUACGUCACAGUGACAGAGUGAGUCUUACCUUGAAGCUGAACGGUCGACCAGACUUUGGUUUCAACACUCACUGGGACUCAGCAGGAGUGCGAGUCGGAGGCAUCCAACCAGGCAGUCCUGCAGAGUUGGGCCAGCUGCGUGCGGGUGAUGAGAUAGUGUCUGUUGGCGGGCACAGGGUGGCAGAGAUGAGCCACGACCAGUGGAAGGGCACCAUGACCUCUGCCCUGCAGAAGGGCAGUCUCACCAUGGACGUACAGCGCUACGGUAACAACGAUUGGGGCAGUGGCCUUCCUUCCCAUAAAAUCAUCAAUCUGACCAGUGGCGCUCCGACACUUAUAGGUCGACCUGAUGCCAGCAGAGACGCCGUAAUAUCCACAGCAACAAGGGUGAAACCGGCCCAGCUCAACGGACAAGAGGUCAACUGUGUGACAUCUAAAAGCAUGAAGGGUGGUGUUCGUGACGAUCCUGUGACCAUCAGAAGGAAAGAACAUGAACUGAUUGUUUUGAAAACCCAGGAAAGGAGAGCAGAGUUUUUUAAGCAGAAAGGAGGAUCGGCUUCGGCAAUAUCUGAUCUCCAGGUGCCGUCCCUCAGCACAUCCCCCUCCAGUUGGUCCUGGGACCCCGAGGAGGAGAGGAGCAGGCAGGAGAAGUGGCAGCAGGAGCAGGAGCGCCUCCUACAGGAGAGGUACCGUCAGGACCAGGAGAGGCUGGAUGCCGAGUGGCAGCGAGCCCAGGAGGAGGCAGGGGUGGCGGGAUACAGCCAGGCUGAGGUGACCCCUGAACCUUCACCCUCCAGAGACGUCGUGGGAAAUGUGGUCCCUCGGGUCAAAUCACCCGCAUCCAACGCGGAGAGCUCAGGAGAGAUGACCAAUGGGAUCGCUGGCCCUGCCAGUCCUCAGCCAGUCCUGAGCCAGCCCACGCCCCCUGUUGCCCAUGUGGCAUCCAAUCAAAAGAAGGAAGUAGUUUUUAAUGGGGUAGGAAGGGAGGAGCCUGAUGUUAAAGAGGCAGAGCAGGAAGAGGAGACUGAUGGACUGGCAGAAGGAGAUGAUUGGUCUGGGGACACCUAUGGAUUCACCCAGCUAUCUACAGCUGACAGGAUGAAAUCCAAGUCCUCCUCGUCCCUGGACGGUUUCCACAGACAGGAGAUGAAAGGCGGUACCAGGGAGGUCCCUAGGAGGAAGCAGCGUCAGAGCAUGUCGUUAGUAGAGGCUGAUAGGCAACAGAUCCUGGAGGAGAUGAAGAGGAGGACUGCUCUACUGACCGACAACAGCUGGAUACGACAACGCUCCACCUCGAUCAACAAACAGCCCGUUAACCGGCGAGGGCCAAUGAGGAGGUACGAGUCUCUGGACAACCUUCCCUCAACCACCUCCUCCCCGUCCCUACCCUCUAACCCCCAACGCCCCCACUCCUCCCUGGGUUUCACCGCCCCGUACCGUCCCCCCUCCUCUCGGCACAGCAUGGGUGGGGCCCUGGGGGGUUACUCUAACGGGACCCAGAAACACAGCCCUACCUGGCCCCGCCCCUUCAGCACCUCUUCCACCCCGCCCAACCCCGGAGAGGAACCCGCCACCGGCGAAUCACGACCCGGCUCACAGCAGCGCGAUCGUGUGUGGACUGCCAGUGCCAUCUUGGAGGGUCAGAAGUCAGAACCCAGAUCCGAAUCAGAAACAGGAAGCCUUACUGUGAACCCUGCUACAUCCGACUCAAGUCCCGACUUGCCAGCUCCCUGUGACCAGAAUGCAUUGCAGCAGAUUGAGGAAGAGACGACGACGACCGCCCUCCAACACGGUGGCCAGCUUGACUGUGACCUCACGUUGACCUCACGUUGACCACGUAGUAAUAAGACCCGGUCAACCUUGAGGGAAUAAUGCACCGGUUAUAUACUACGUCUGACUCAAAUGGCACCCCUAUUCCCUACAUAGUGCACUUACACAUAGGUCUCUGGUCAAAAGUAGUGCACUAUAUAGGGAGUGGGGUUACCAUUUGGUACACACUCUGUCUCUGACUAAGAUUCACUCUUGGUGUUCUUCCUAGUUAAGUAACAACUGAACUUGUCCAUAGCUUUUUAAUAUGCAAUAGAUUUCUAUCCGCAACAAUAACUGGACAUGUGUUAUUAAGAGCUAUAGGGAGUUUAAAAUCACAUUUGUACUCUGGAUAUGUUUUUCUUGUUGAUAAAGUAAUUGAUAAAUGAGGCUCUAAUUAAAUGACUCUAUUAAAUGUGAGUGUAAUCAUAGUGUGUGACCUACUUCUCUUAGCGCUUUUCUUUCUACCCGAAGUUAGACUGUGGGCUUCGUGUGUGUCGAAAUAUGUUUUAUUGAGAUUAUUUUGUAUGUUCCUUGUUGAGGUGUCUAUAAUAUUAGUAGCACAAACAAGUGGUGGGGGAAAAAAAAGACCUUCACAAGUUAAUCAUCCUAGCAUGUCACUAAAAGUACACUUUUGGGGUUGGUUGACUUUGGAAGCUAAUUGUAUUGUUCACUGAAUUAUAAAGGGGCAUCUUAUGAAAGGAAUGUACAUUAUAAACUGUUUGUAAAUAAAAAGGAUAAAGUA